CCUCCACCGGCCCGUCACUCACUCAGACAUGGCGCGCGCGGCGGGAAUCACAGCGGCGAUAACCUUGGCGCUACUCGGGGUCCUGGCGCUCGGCGCAGGUGAUGGUGACUUCAGACUGGACGAUGCCCUGGAGGACACUGACAAGAAGCCAACGCCCAAGCCCCCGACACCCAAGAAGCCAUCCUCAGGAGACUUUGACCUGGAGGAGGCACUGACUGGCGGUGCUGAUGAGGAUCCCCGGAGGCCAGGAAGCCGGCCCAAGCCUGAUCCGAAGCCACCUGGGCCACCCAGAGACUCAGGAGGAAUCUCUGACCGAGACCUGGAGGAUGUGGCUGGACAUGGGGGACGAGGAGGCGGAGCGGGGGACCGCGGUACUGAUGGGGCGGAGUCGGAAGGCCAGCCCCAGGGCCUAAUCCCAGGUGUGGUCGCUGCAGUCCUGGCGGCGCUCGCGGGGGCUGUGUCCAGCUUUGUAGCCUAUCAGAAGCGGCGCCUGUGCUUUCGGGAAGGCGGUGAGAGGGGUCGUAGGGGUUGGGGGCGUUCGUGCGAGGUCCUGGCGGGUGGGUCACGGAGUUGGGCGAGGUCACCGGGAGUCAGGGGAGAGGGAGGGGACCAGGGUCAUGACCCCUACUGGCAGUGGUGGAAGGGGCGGGGAUUCCUGUUCGCCCAGGCCCUGCCCCUCACCCGGAGUCUCCCACUGGCCCCCACCCCACAGGCUCCGCCCCCGUCUAGGCUGACUGACCUGCGACCCAGAUGACAUCGCCUGGACCCCGGCCCCGCCCCCCAGGUCCCAGAAUCCACGCGGGUCGCCUGUAGAGGGCAGGGUCGGGCCGGAGGGUGGGGCAGGGCCGGGGAUCAGAAUAAACCAGUUCUGCCCUUGA